AUGGCACCAACGGCUUCUACCAGUUCAUCCACAGCCGUAGCUGCUGCACAGUCGAACGCAGAUGCGGGAUCGUCGUCCAUGUCGGCGGUCCAGGCUCUCAAGCGUCGGCGCAUGCUUCAGCAAUCACAAGACGAUCGUCCACGCUACAGUUAUUCGGACGAGGAGGAGGACGAGGAGGAUCAUGCAUCUUCGGCUGCUGGUUCCUCUUCUAAGUUUCUCCCCCUCAAGCAACGCCGCUUGCAGCAACUGCAGCAGAUCCAGUCUCGCGCUCGGGGCCUCCCUUCCAGCAUCGCAUCUUCGUCGUCCUCCACAAACAAGCCUGAAGAGCUCGAAGAUGACGAUGCAGAUCAACAAGACCGCGGUGCACAGCGACCACAGCGAUCUUUGCUAGACGAGGCCAGGAUGCUACGCGAGAAGAAACUAGCGGUUGAAGGCGAGAAAACCCAAGCUGAAAUCGAGGCCGAAGAAGAGCGAAAGAUUCUUGAGGCGCAUGCGGCACGUCGUAAGCUUGCCAGUGAUAUGGAGCUCGCAAAGGGCAUCCAAUACACCGAGCCCCUCACCACUUCAUGGACAGCACCUUCCUACAUCCGCAGCCGAACUCAGGAGGAGAACGACAAGAUUCGAGAAAAGAACCACAUCCUUACGGACGGCGUCGAUGUGCCACCUGUCAUCACCAACUUCCGCGAUAUGAAGGUGCCCGAAUGCGUCAUCGACUAUCUCAAGACGCAGAAGAAGAUCGUCAAGCCAUCGCCUAUCCAGAUGCAAGGCCUACCCACCGCAUUCUCGGGCCGCGAUAUGAUUGGCAUCGCCUUUACCGGUUCAGGCAAGACGCUCGCCUUUUCGCUACCCAUCAUCAUGUUCGCUGCCGAAGAAGAAAGGCGGCUUCCUUUCACACGCGGCGAAGGUCCUGUAGGGAUGAUCGUCUGUCCGUCACGCGAGCUCGCACGCCAGACGUACGAGUCGAUCAAAGGCAUCGCCGAAGCGCUCACCCAAGGCAGCUAUCCGCAGAUCGGUGUGCUCCUCUGCAUCGGCGGGAUCAGCAUGGCCGAGCAGCACCACACCAUGUCCAAAGGCUUCCACAUUGUCGUCGCCACACCCGGUCGUUUGCAGGACAUGCUCACCAAGAAGAAGUUUACGCUGGAAUGCUGCAAGUAUCUCUGUCUCGACGAAGCUGAUCGCAUGAUCGACAUGGGUUUCGAAGAAGACGUGCGCAACAUCAUGGGCUUCUUCAAGCAGCAACGGCAGACGCUUCUGUUCUCGGCGACCAUGCCCAAGAAGAUUCAAGACUUUGCCGAGCAGUCGUUGAUCCGGCCUGUGAUCGUCAAUGUUGGUCGUGCGGGUGCUGCGUCGCUCGACAUCAUCCAAGAGGUCGAGUACGUCAAGCAGGAGGCCAAAAUGGUGUAUCUCUUAGAGUGCUUGCAGAAGACCGCGCCGCCCGUCAUCAUCUUCAGCGACAACAAGAACGAAGUCGACGAUAUUCAGGAGUAUCUCUUGCUCAAGGGAGUCGAAGCGGUCGCGAUCCACGGAAGCAAGACGCAGGACGAACGAGAGUAUGCGAUUCGAGCGUUCAAGUCCGGCGCCAAGGACGUCAUGGUUGCCUCGGGCGUAGCGUCCAAGGGUUUGGACUUCAACGAGAUCCAACACGUCAUCAACUACACCAUGCCCAAGGAGAUCGAGGACUAUGUCCAUCAGAUCGGCCGUACCGGUCGUAGUGGCAAGACGGGUAUCGCCACCACGUUUGUCAAUGCCAACACGCAGGAGCAGACGCUGUUGGAUCUCAAGUAUCUCUUGCUGGAGGCCAAGCAGCGCAUCCCACCGUUCUUGGCGGCCAUCGAGGACCCCAGGCUGGCGGCAGCCGGCGGCCAGGUUUCUAGUUGUCCUGUCUGUGGCGGUCUCGGCCAUAGCAUCAGAGACUGCCCCAAACUCGAGGACAACCAACGACGACAGACGGCCCAGUUUUCGCGCGGCGACGAGGGCGGCUACUAG